AUGAAUGAAAAGGCACUGAAUGACUUGGAAAUAGCUUGUGCAUUAGAAGAGAUUUUUGGUUUACCUGAUGAUCCCGAUGUGUCAGAUGAUAAUUUGGAAUCCGAUGAAGAAGAUGUGCAGUACAGUACAGUGAAACUUCAAAGAAUUUUAGAGAGCCUUGAUGAGCCUCAUGAUGGAAUUCUAGCACCCACACCUGAUCCACCUGAUAGUCUUAUUAGUAAUAUAAGUAAUGCGUCUGUUGAAAACCAACCUAGUCCAUCACCUCAACCAACCAACAGUGACCGGCUUAGGCGGGCAAGAAUAAUCCAAAAUGCACCCAGUACUUCUGGCACUCAACAGACCUUACGGCGACAACCACAAUCACCAGUAGCAAAUACUAACUCAGAUUCGGAAACAGAUGAUUCAGACGGCGAAGAGGAAACAUGGAAAAAACUAUGUGGACAACUGAUCGGCCAAGUCCUAGCGUUUACGAUGAAAUUCCGAUGGAACCGGCAAUUAUGUUUAGCAGCCGUACUAGACCUGUAA